AUGUCUACAUCUAAAACGAUACAUGAGUAUUUUAAACGAAAAGUGUCAGAGUGGGACAUUGUCGGAUUCCUCGAUGAAUGUACCGAUAUAGAAUCUUACAGACAAAAAAUAGAGUGUUACUUAAAGUCUCUUGAGUUAAUCGCUGAUUCCGAGAAGGGUCAAAGGCGUGAAAAAGCAUUGGAACUUCUCAAACUUUACAGACAGGCAAGUAUUAGGCCUCGAGUUAAAAGUCUCGAGCCUACUGGCAUAGUCAGACACAGAUACCUUCGAGCCUGUCUGAUGUCAAAAUAUGAAAAUACGAAAGGUAAUCGUCCCGAUAAAAAAAGAUCAAAAGAGUGGGAAAAGGUGCAUUCGAAUAUGCAGAUUAAUAUCCGUCGUUCAACCAUAAACGGGACAGUGAGAGGGAUAACAAAUGGUGUAUAUGGAACUAUGAGUGGAGGAGUGUUCGAUGUAAAGCCUGCACCAAAGAGGAGCAAUCAGAAAGAGACCGAUAAUAAAGAUUCGAAAAGACUAAAAAUCAAUGACUACUUUCUUGUACGCACUACUCCUCAAUGUGAACUGGAUCAACAGGAAGAUCAGGCAAUUAAUUCGAAUGAUAAAAUGUCAAACCAGCAUGAUAGUUCAAUAUUAAGAUCAACAGAUUCAAAAAUAAACCAAGAGAAUCAGAGUUUGUGUUCAUCUGUUACGUCUUCUAACAUUAAUUGUGAAGAAGAUAUCGAACAUGAAUAUUUACGAUACCAAGAAACGAAUGAAGGUUCUUUACUCAUGGGAGGAUGCAGUUAA